CCUAAAUCUAAAACUCAAAAGGCCUGCCGCCCACUUCUCUCACUCGAGGCAUCCCUAAAAAGACUCUAUUUUCCCCUGCCACUCUCAAUCCUCGCAGUCCUCGCAGCAUGAGGAUGAUAUCGGGAUCAAAAUUCAUAUCCUCUAAAGAUGGGAAGAAUCCCAAGACGAAAAAGGAUGUCCAUGUUAAAAUUGGACAAACAUUUGUGAUUGCACAUGGAUCUUGUCAAUUUGUGAGGGAUCUAGCGGACAAUUGUUCCCACAUAGCUAAUAAGAUCAAGGGAUUAAUCAAUCCCAUAGAUCUUCUCAAUCAUGCCUAUUUGGAGACCAAGGUUCCAGGAUCAUCUACAGCAUGUAUUAUAACAUUGAAUGAAUGGUGCUUGCAUGCUGUAAACAUUGGAGAUAAUGGCUUCAUUCUCCUGAGAAAUGAGGAAAUUUUAUAUGAAUCUCCUGUACAACAACACACUUAUAAAACUCCUUAUCAAUUAGGGAAUGCUAAUGAUUCUCUAGAGGAAAUCAAACUCACGGAAUUAGAACCUGGAGACAUAAUAAUAGCAGGAAGUGCAGGAUUGUUCAAUAAUCUCUUUACUCAUGAGAUCAAAGAUCUUGUGAUAAAGGAGAUACGAAAAGACCCAGCUCCAUCUCCCGACAUGAUAGCAGCGGAGAUAGCCAAAAACGCGAUUGAGAGAUCGAUCGAUAAAUAUCGAUUUACUCCUUAUUCGAAAGCUGCAUGGCAGGCUGGAAAGCGACACAAGGGUGGUAAAAUGGGUGAUGUAACUGCUAUUUUUGCUUUUAUUCUACCAUAAUAAUUGCUAUAUAUAUUUGCUAAUAUCCCUUCUUUUUAUUUGAGUCUGGGUCUUUUGUGUUUAUAUUUUUUUUGUCUGCUUAGUUUUCCUUUUAUUUUUGUUGCAUUUUUUAUCAGUAAAAUGAAAAAAUGAAAAAGGAAAAAAAAAAACAUGUCAAGAAUGUAUUAGAGUUAUACUUUUAUUAUUUCGUUUUUUUUUCAUAAAAUAAAAUAAUUUUUACAAAAAAAAGGGAAAAAAGGCUAGUUUUAUUUUUGAUUUU